GGAAGUGUCCAAGAGGAGCGCGGGAGCUGAGAAGUGGAGGGUCAGGUGCGUCCCGGAAAGGCCUCGCGCGGACCGUUCUUCGACCGGUGCUCCUCAGGCUGCUUCCCGCGAGGGUCCGGCCCUCGCCACCCGCCAACCCGGGGUGCCUUCGCAGCCUGCCCAGGACCGGGUUCCUGGUUUCAGAGAAGAUGACAGAGGAACUGGAUCUCCCGGGACAGGACUCUGAUGCGGGGAGUGAGGAGGUGGUCCUGACCCCUGCAGAGCUCAUUGACAGGCUGGAACAGGCCUGGAUGAAUGAAAAGUUUGCCCCUGAGCUGCUGGAAAACAAGUCGGAAAUCGUAGAAUGUGUCAUGGAGCAGCUGCAGCACAUGGAAGAAAAUCUCAGGAGGGCCAAGAAGGGGGACCUGAAGGUCAGCAUCCAUCAGAUGGAGAUGGAGAGGAUCCGCUUCGUCCUGAGCAGCUACCUGCGGUGUCGGCUCAUGAAGAUAGAGAGGUUUUUCCCUCACGUCCUUGAAAAGGAGAGAACACGCCGUGAGGGGGAGCCUUCCAGCCUUUCUCCGGAAGAGUUUGCCUUCGCCAGAGAGUACAUGGCUAACACAGAGACCUACCUAAAGAACGUUGCCUUAAAGCACAUGCCUCCUAAUUUACAGAAGGUGGACCUCUUGAGGGCAGUUCCCAAACCAGAUCUGGAUUCAUAUGUGUUUCUGAGGGUGAAAGAGCGACAAGAAAACAUACUGGUAGAACCGGAAACAGAUGAGCAGAGGGACUAUGUGAUCGACCUGGAGGAGGGCUCACAGCACUUGAUCCGAUACAAAACCAUCGCACCCCUGGUCGCUUCUGGAGCCGUACAGCUGAUUUAAAACCGGAAGCAACUAACCAAGAGUGAGGACAUGGCACGUUGGAGAACGUAUUUGGAAACCCCACGUGUCAGCCGGUGCCCGAGGAUGGGAACUUUUCCCGGCAGUGCCAUGGGUCACUGGGGCAUUGAGAUCCGCUCGGGGCAGAUCCCUCCCUGGCUGCUCCAGCCAGGAUCAGCAGGUGGGGUCAUCGCUCUGCCGACCCCGCGGCUGGGUAGGGACACGGAAGCGCCCUUCGUGGUGGUGUUUGAACUGAGGAAAGUGAGGCCGAGGGGGUGCAUAGAAAGGCCUCGCUGCCUGUGAUGAGGGGACUGGUGGGCCCCAACCUGACAGCUGCAGGAGCGCUCCCUCAACCCUCCUGGUAGGAAGAGUGUAAAUAGAUUAAACCGUGUGGCCGCCCUGUAUAGUAUGUCACUGACUCGUGUAAACUCAGCUUCUGGAGCCUCUGCUCUCGCACUUAAAGCCAACUUCUGUCGUGCCUAACUGAGCAUCACAACCAAUAAACUAGUAACUAGGUCUCGGUUUCAUGGCAGAAGGAGCCCGUGGGCAUUUCCCAGCGUGUAGUCUAGUGAGGUGCAUCCUCCCCGUGGCGAACUGCAGCGUCGGGCGGUCUCCCGGGCCAGCCUGCAGGCCAUGUGCCAGCCUUGACCAGGGCCCUGGGGGCAGAGCAGCAGCAGCUCCCCUACGCCGCCACCUCAGCGGCAGCUGCUCCUUUUUAGGCUCUUCACUUUCUCAAGGGGAAUAGAUGAAAUUAACCUCGGUGAGUGGACAGUGUCUCGGUGACACCCGAAGAGGGAUGUACACACGUGAAUUGUCUUCCCUUGAAACGUGAUACAGAGCAACUGCCUUCCAGUCUUUCUUGCUCGAUGCAAAGGCAGGUUUUCAUCUACAUGAUGUUGGCUCUUGGAGUAAUCAGUGUAAUAUUGCUGUCAUUUCCAAGAGAAAUCACUAAGUGAAAGCAAGGAAGGUUUUAUUCGUUAAUAAAAACGUUUUAUAUCUCA